AUUUUAAUGUGUAUCCAGUCAGUUGUCAUUUAUAUUUAGUUGUGUAGGCAUCAACGAAAGUCGUUGGGACACUUGUAUUGGUUAGAUUCGAUAUGUUCCUGUUAAUAUUACUGUGGACGUUGGUAUUUCUACUUUGGAUAUGGUUAAAAAGAGAUACGAAUAAAGAUGAACCACCGACAUUUUUUGCUUUAGACUUGAGAAAACUAUACCGUAUUACAGAAGAUACUGAAGGUUUCUGGAGUCUUAUAAAAGAAAUGAGCAGAGAGUGUCAAAAACUAGAUGGAGUUAUGAAACUGUCUUUUGGUCCUCGAACCGUAUAUGUUCUAACAGACCCUGAAGAUUGUUUCACUGUGUCAAAUGCGUGCUUACAAAAGGAUAGCGUUUAUGACUUCGCAAAAAACUGGAUUGGAAAUGGCCUCAUCACGUCAUCGGUACCGGUUUGGAAAAUGCAUAGAAAACUAUUAAAUCCAAUAUUCAAUGCUCGUAUAUUGAAUAAUUUUUUGGGUGUCUUCAACAGUCUAUCUCGUACCCUCAUCAAAAAUCUAGAAGUAGAAGUUGGGAAAGGACCUUUUGAUCCCCAUGCUUAUUCCAGACGUUACGCUUUGGAAUUAAUAUGUAUGGCUUCUUUUGGAACGAAGUUAAUGGAGAACCUAGAAUCUAAAAACAAAUACAUGAAUAAGAUAGAUGAAAUAAUGAAUAUUUAUAUAUCAAGAAUACAAGUUUUUUUGUUUCAUAGCAAUUUUAUGUACAGUUUUUCAAGUUUAAAGAAGAGAGAAGACGAAUGUAUUGAGACAAUGAGCAACAUUACAAACACAGUGAAAUAUAAAAAAGAUGAAAUAAUGAAUAUUUAUAUAUCAAGAAUACAAGUUUUUUUGUUUCAUAGCAAUUUUAUGUACAGUUUUUCAAGUUUAAAGAAGAGAGAAGACGAAUGUAUUGAGACAAUGAGCAACAUUACAAACACAGUUCUCAGUGAAAUGAAAACAAGCUAUAAAGAAAAAAAAUGUUUUAAUACAGAAGAAAAGAAAACAAAAGGUUUCGAAUUCGAAACAUUGGCGGAAAUUAUUUUGAAAAUUUGUGAGAAUAAUAGUUCACAGUUCACUGAUCAGGAUAUAAGACAACAUAUAGACACAUUUAUUGCAGCUGGCGAAGACACUUCCGCCGGAUUUAUUAUGUUAUGUUUGGUCACCGUAGGUUCCUAUCCACGAGUGCAAGAAGAAAUACACAAGGAGUUAAACCAGGUUUUUGGCGAUGAAGACAGAGAUGUGACUAAAGAAGACCUUAACAAACUAGUUUACUUAGAUGCAGUAAUAAAAGAGACAAUGCGUUUUUACCCAAUGGUACCUGCUAUAGCACGAUAUGUCGAUAAGAACGUCAAACUACGUAACUGCACUUUAUCAAAAGGUCGCACUGUAAUUUUAUCGAUCUAUGGAAUACAUCGACAUCCAAUGUGGGGUCCAGACGCUGAUGAGUUUAGACCGGAACGGUGGCUUUCCCAACAAACCAAUUAUUACAAGUAUUUUGCUAGUUUUGGUUUCGGUCGCAGAGUUUGUAUAGGAAAAGCGAUGGCAAUCGCAUCGCUGAAAGUUACUUUCGCUCACAUAUUUCAAAACUACAGAAUUCACGGCGACCACAAAAAUAUGAAAUUAAAGUAUGAGAUUACUCUGAAAGCUGUUUCCGGACAGUACAUCACAAUUGAAAGAAAAAAUAGAAAGCAAUGAAUAUUAUAACAACCAUGAUUGAAACACACUCGUUAUCAAAAUUCUUUACCUAUGGUUUAAAAAUUGCUGUAUUCUGUUCAAAUACCUAUUUGUUAUAAAGGGUAAAUACUUUUUGCCGCAAAGGUAUUUUGCAUCUUUACCUACGUGGAAGGAAUGAUGCAGUUUAUAGACUUUACUUUACUUUAGCCUUUAAAGUUUGAUGUAAUUGCGUACAUACAUUUCUAAUCAAAGAAAUGUGAUUCAAUAGUAUUUAUAAUUAUUUUAGGAUGUGAAUAAUUUCUAGAAAUCUUUGCUUUAUAAGUAAAAUACUAUAUACAAUAUUGUCCCAAUAAUGAACUAGCACGUUUAAUUUAAGGGAAAUAGUAAUGACAAAAUCCUAUUUGUACAAAAUCUAGGGUACUUUAUGCCAUAAAAAAAGAUAUGAAAAUACCUCUAAUUAAAUAAUAACAGUCAUUGAAGUCACCUUAAAACGAAAAUUUUAUUCAUUUUGACUAUUAAAAAAAACUUGUUGUAAAUGUACAUAGAUAUAAGAAGAGCCAACCUUGUGACGAUUUAUCCUAUUAUAUAAAUUUCCGGCUUUUAGGCAAAAUAUUGUCUAUAUAAAAAAAAAUAAACGAGGCAACACCUUGACAAGUUAUUAGCUUUUUUCUUUUUUUAUUCCAUAAACAUACUUUUCCAUCUUAGGUUAUCUGAAAAAGAUUUAAUUUGACUAUGAAAUUACUUUUUCCCUACUGUGUGGUUUGUUUUCUUUUCUUUUAAGUGUCCUGUUCAUUAAAUGGUAUAAAUAAGUAAUAAGCAUUUA